AUGGUCACAAUCACCGAGUCGGAGCGCGAGGAAUUCGUCGAUGUCCUGGGCAGCGGCGGUAUUUUCCGCAAGAUGCUGACCAUCAAUACUGAUGGUAUUCAAGCAGAAUUUGGGGAAGAAGUAGGCGUUAUGUAUUCGACAUGGGUGCUUAAAUCUGGAAAAAAGGUAACGUCAGACGAGGCACGUAAAUUUCGCAUCGGAGAUGGCGAAGUCAUGCCGGCACUAGAGCUAGUAGCAAAGAUGAUGCAUGUUGGAGAAAUAUGUGAAGUACGUUGCGAUGCUCGGUUUGCGUAUGGAGACGUGGGAUUGGAACCUCAUGUGGCUCCUGGUGCAGAAAUAAAGCUUUUGGUGGAACUCUGUCGCGUGGGUAAGAAGAUUACAGCUGAAAUGGGCUCUCAGGAGCUUAUUGUUGAGGCUACACAGAAGAAAGAGAGUGGUAAUCGUUAUUUUAAAGAGAAGAACUAUGAACAGGCAGCCAAGCUGUACAAGCGAGCACUUAAAUUGCUAGAGACAUGGGAUCAUUCGGACGAAGACACGGUGCAGUGUAAAGAGCUGCUAAUUGCAUUAGGAAAUAACGUGGGAAAUGUGCAGCACAAGUUGAAGCAGUACAAGGAGGCACGGCAGUCGAGUCUGGAGGUGCUGCAGCUUGAUGGGAAGAAUGUAAAGGCCAUGUAUCGCAUUGGUCACCUCGCAUUAGACCAGAGCGACUUUGACGAAGCAAAUUCUUUUCUUCGCAAGGCGAUGGAGAUUGAACCGAAGAAUAUCAAGGUGCGUCAGUUGCUGGUGCAACUAAAGAAGAAGAAGCGCGAUCAAAAGGCACUGGAGAGGAAGCUUUAUGCAAAGCUGGGGGAAAGAAAAGUUACUGAUAAUGGGAAGACCGGUCAAACUGUCGGACUAGUUACGCGUGUCAGACAGAACCCGGUGAUUGUCGCUGCCGUGGUCACAGUUAUCAUUGCGAUUGUCAUGUACAUGUACAUUGGAAAACCGAAUUACGAGAUCACUCAAACAAGUCUUUCUUCGCCAACUCCGAGCGGUCGCCAUCAAGGAACAACGGCAAGAUAG